AUGGCCGUGCAGAAUGAGCUAUCUCGGGCGCGGGUCUCAGAAGAACAAGCCCUGGUGCGCAAGAGGAUGGCGGAAGAAAACAGGUUGGAUGAUGAGGAGAGGGAGGCCAAUCGACAAGCACGACGGGCAGCCGCAGAGGCGUCCAGGGUGGCGAUCAAGGCGAAAGAAGAUGAAGAAAAACGGCUGCGUCGAGCGGACAUAGAGGCCAAGAAGGUGGGAGCUCAGGCUAAACGAGUACAGCGGAACCGGCAGCAGAUGACCAAGUUAAAACAUGACUUUCAGAAUCAGACAGCUUUUGACGAGAUGCGGGAUCAAUUGGCCAGGGGUGGAGGAUGA